AUGGAAGCUCGUGAAGCAUAUAAAGAUGAAUCUCCUGAGAUCAGAAGCACCAAUGUCACUCACGCGCCUUAUAAAUUUUCCAGAAUUUGGAAGUUUACAGAGUUUACAGAAUUUACAUAUGGGUAUCCAAGAAAUUGGGAAGAAGAUUUACGUUGGAAUCCCUCCAACCCAAUCAAUUACGUUGUAAAAAGUGUAUUUCUGUACAUGGGUAAAUUAAAAUUUUCGGAAUUUGGUCAAGAUGUGGCGUUACAAAAUGUUUCUAUUGGUAUACAGCCAACUCUCUAG